CUCUCUAAUUCUUGCAGUUCUCUGUUUGCUACUGGACUGAGAACAUUUGACUUUGCUAUACAUAUUUAAGCCAAGUGUUGCUAUUCUCCAUUGAAUACAAUCAUUUGGAUAAAACUAUUUUACUAUGGAUUCUGUGGUAAUAGCUUUUCUCCUGCUUUGCCUGGGUGUGGAGGUACAGGGAACAGUGCAAGCAGAAAAAAAUCCAUUACUGGCAACAAAAUAUGGACAGUUACGAGGGAAAAUGGUUCAUGUGAAAGAGACAGAUCAAGCAGUGGAUGCUUUUCUUGGAAUCCCUUUUGCAAAAGCUCCAGUUGGAUCAUUAAGAUUUGCACCUCCCCAACGAGCAGAACCAUGGAACUCCAUCCGAGAUGCAACACGGCAUCCACCCUUGUGUUUGCAAAAUAUAGCACGAAAUAUACGAUUAGUUGAGAUGUUCCAUUCGGAUUUAGAGAUGCCCGCCAUGUCAGAGGACUGCUUGUUUCUAAAUGUCUUCACUCCAGCAAAUCGACAAAAGAAUUCCAAGUUACCAGUCAUGGUGUACAUCCACGGAGGAGGUUUGGUGGAUGGAGGAGCAGCACUUUAUGAUGGAUCUGCUUUAUCUGCUUAUGAAAAUGUGGUGAUAGUGUCAAUCCAGUACAGACUGAACAUACUGGGUUUCUUUAGUACAGGUGAUAAACAUGUACGUGGGAACUUAGGAUUUCUGGAUCAAGUUGCUGCUUUACAGUGGGUUCAAGAAAAUAUUGAAGAUUUUGGAGGAAACCCACAGUCUGUUACUAUUUUUGGGGAAUCUGCUGGUGGAAUCAGUGUUAGUGCUCAUAUUAUAUCACCUUUAUCAAAGAACUUGUUCCACCAAGCAAUAUCUGAGAGCGGUGUUGUUUUAUUACAUGCACUGAUCCUUAGUAAAGUUGAAGAUGUAAUAUUUUUCCGAAAUCUCUAUGCUAAUUUGUCUGGCUGUGCUUCACCGCAUUCAUCGGCUAUAGUAGACUGCUUGAUGAGGAAAACAGAGGAAGAGAUUGUGGAACUCAUUUCAAAACCGCAAUUUCCAGUCACCCCUGGCUGUGUAGAUGGAGUGUUCCUACCCAAACACCCAGAAGAGCUUUUGGAUGCAAAAGAAAUCCACCAUGUUCCCUAUAUCAUUGGUGUGAAUAACCAGGAGUUUGGAUGGUACAUUCCUAUGUACCUGAAUCUUAUGCAAGAGAUGGAAUACAUGAAUAAGGAUACCGUCCAUUCAGCUGUCCUCAACCAUCCUUUCUUAGAUAUGAGUGCUGAAACAGUUUCCCUGGUUAUGGAUUAUUACUUUGGUGAUACGGAUGAUCCAGCUGAAGUAAGAAACAGGUUCAUUGAUUUAUGUGGAGAUUACGUGUUUAUUUUGCCUGCCAUAAAAGCUGCCAAAUAUCACAGAGACUCUGGUCUCCCUGUUUACUUCUAUGAAUUUCAGCAUCGAUCCUCAUUGUUUCAUAAUUCUGUGGCAGAUUAUGUAAAAGCCGAUCAUCUAUCUGAGCUUAUAUUUGUUUUGGGAGGCCCAUUCAUGGAAAAGAACGUCAUGUUUAGCACUCCUGCCACCGAUGAAGAAAAAUCCUUAAGCAAAACAAUUAUGAAAUACUGGGCCAACUUUGCUCGAUAUGGGGACCCUAAUGGACCUGGUCUUGUAGAAUGGCCGGAGUAUGAUGAACAAGAACAUUAUCUAGAACUUAAUCUUAAACAAAAACCAUCAAAAAGGAUAAUAGAGGAAAGAGUAAAGUUUUGGACUGUUACACUACCGGAGAAAGUGCGGAGGUUGCAGGAAGAAAACGGAGGCCAUACAGAACUUUAGAUAUCUACUGUAUCUGGUGUUUUAAAUGCUACAUGAGGCACCGUUUAUAAAAUCAUAUUUACAAUAUAGUGGUGAAUAGAAAACAAUAUACCAGAACACACGUUUUUAAAAAGCACAUUAACAUACUCAAAUAGUGCACAAAAAUACAAAUCUAAAUUUUGCAUAACUCGAGCACAUGAAAUGAACGUAUUAUGUGAUUCGCAAGUAAAUGAUUAUUUUAUGAAGGCUUUUCAACAUAAUUUUAUUUCUCUCCAAGCUGUGGCAUUUAUAUUAAAAGGAUUUAUUUUCAUGCUUUAGAUAGAAGAAGAUGACAUUUUUCUUUCCUAGUUACUUCAAUUAUCUAAGUUGUUUAGUUCUCUUGGUAUCCCUUGUUGAAAAACAUUGUAGGCUCAGGAGCAGCAGAGAACUACUGGGAACUAGCUGCUGAUUGGUAGCUGCAUAUAUAUUUUUCUUGUCAUUGGCUCACCAUGUGUGUUCAGCUAGCUCCCAGUAGUGCAUUGCUGUUACUUCAAUAAAGGAUACCAAGAGAAUGAAGCAACUUUGAUGAAAUAAGUACAUUGAAAAGUUGUAUAAAAUUGUUAUAAAAAAAAAUUGGAUUAUGUCCCUUUAAGGGGAAACAAAAGUGCAGUAAUUAUUUUUUGCAUAAAGAAUUUGCUUGUGAAAACAUUAACUUGUGUCUAUGAUGGACUAUCAAUCUACUGUGAUUACAUUAUUAAAUAUAAAACUUCUAAAUGAUAUCUCAAGAGUUGAAAAAGCUCACUGCUGUAUCGAAUCUCACAGGUUAAAAUCUCACCCAAUAUAGUUUAAGAGAUAAAACACCAUUUGUUUCAUUGCUGCAAUAAAAAGCACUCAGCAGUAAGUUAUACUUAAAGGGACACUGAACCCGAUUUUUUUCUUACAUGAUUCAGAUAGAGCAUGAAAUUUUAAGCAACUUUCUCAUUUACUCCUAUUAUCAAUUUUUCUUCGUUUUCUGGCUGCUAAGGAAUGUAAAUCUUAGCAGCCAGACCAUUUUAGGUUCAGCACCAUGGAUAGUGUUGCUUAUUGGAGGCUUAGAUUUACCCACCAAUAAGCAAGCAUAACCCAGGUUCUCAACCAAAAAUGGGUUGGCUCCUAUGCAUCACAAAUAAAGAUAGCAAGAGAAUGAAGAAAAUUUGAUAAUAGGAGUAGAUUAGAAAGUUGCUUAAAAUUGCAUGCUCUCUGAAUCAUGAAAGAAAAAAUGGGUUUAGUUCCCUUUAAUAGAAACUGUUGUAAUAUGCAUUACUUAUCAAUUAAAAAAGAUAAUGAGCCAGAUUAUGAGUGGAGCGCAAAUGUUUGCGCGCAAGCAUUAAGGGGUUUAUUGCAAAUGUUUGCGCUCGUCGGCCUUAUCGCUCAUAUUAGUUGAAAGUAGUAAACGCAAUUGCACUCAAGCUAUUUACGCUAGAAUGAUUACUGCGACUUCAGAGCUCUGGUUAACAGUUUUGCAAAACUAAAAUGUGUCACUAAACACAUAAAAAAUGCAUUACAAACUAUAGUUACACUCAUAAUAACACCAUCUUAUAAAAAUUAUUUAAAAAAAAUAUUGCACACAAAAGUUAUAAAAGCUCAAAGAUAUUAGAUCUCAUCUGUUAGAAAAAAAAAGGGCUUGAACAUACAGAUACAUACACGUGUCUAAAUAAAUAUAUAUAUAUAUAUAUAUUGACAGGGUCAGAGAUCAUUAUUAUGUUAGCAGGAGAAUGGAGCUCUCUAUUUAUCCAGAAUGAAAACAGUUACAUUUCAGGUGCUCUCAGCAAAAGCAUUGUCUCUCUUCCUCCUGUGAGGAGGAAAUCACCUGACUGACUGCCUGUAAGCACAGAGACAGAGAGACACAGAAAGCAGGUACUUUAAAACUAUUGUUUUUUUCUAUAAAGCAGUUGUUUACUGGGGACAGUUUAGAUGACCCAGUAAUAUAAUUAGGAAUCCUUCAAAGUUUAGUUAGCCUCCUGAGUUAGGAGUAGGUGUUUGUUUUGUGAAUCAAAAGCUAAUUAUGUGAAACCUGCUGUGUAACAAAUAAAUAGUUUGUUUCUGAAUCAAA